AUGCUUGGACAUUGGGAGGAGGCUCAACUUUAUGAGUGGCUAAUAAUAACCCAACAGAAUAGUCUUGCAGUUACCUAUGCUAAUAUAAGAUUUAAAAUGGCUGAAAUCUUGGAUAAGAAUGUUUCCGAAGACAUUGUCGGCUGGGCAUUCAAGAAGUGUGAUAUUUCUAAUUGUUUGUCUGGAAGUAAGGAUCAUUUGAUUUAUGAUGAUGACGAUGAUGAGAAUUCAGAUGAUGAAUCUGAUAGAGAUAAUAACAGUAAUGAAGGCGAUGAAUCUGAUGAAGGUGACAAAUCUGAUGACGAUGAUGACGAAUCUGGUAAUGAGGAUAUGGCUGAAUCUUACAAGUGA